UUCAACCGGUCAACCAUGCACCGGCAUCAGCCACAAUAAGAAAUAAGAAAUCCGAGUUCAGGUGUUAAUUUAAGUUUGAAUUAGACAGGGCAGAAGCAGAGGCAGAUGCAGAUGGGGAGAGAAGAGGACCCAGAAAAUGGGCUGGUGUGGAAGACGAAUAUGGACUCUUCGCCAUCGGCGUCCACCAAUUCAAGCUUCAAUGGGGAACAUAAACCUGUGGGAGAGAAGAAGAAAGAAGAAGAGGAGAAACCCAAAUCCAUUCCUUUCCUCAAGCUCUUCUCAUUCGCAGAUUCAUACGAUUUCAUCCUCAUGUUAAUUGGAACAGUUGGAGGCGUGGGGAAUGGAGUGGGCAUGCCUCUAAUGACAGUGCUCUUUGGAGAACUCAUCAACAGCUUUGGGAGUAACCAAGGGAACCAUGACGUGGUUUCUCAAGUCUCUAAGGUGUGCCUAAAAUUUGUGUACUUGUCCCUGGGAACUGCUGCAGCUGCAUUUCUUCAGGUUUCCAGUUGGAUAGUGACAGGGGAAAGACAAGCUGCUCGGAUUAGAGGGUUGUAUCUGAAAACCAUAUUGAGGCAAGAUGUUGCUUUCUUUGACAAGGAAACAAAUACUGGAGAGGUUGUGGGUAGAAUGUCUGGUGAUACUGUCCUCAUUCAAGAUGCCAUGGGUGAGAAGGUUGGGAAAACCGUCCAACUAAUUACUACAUUUAUUGGAGGCUUCACAAUAGCCUUCCUAAGAGGCUGGCUGCUCACACUGGUAAUGUUAUCUGCCAUCCCACUUCUUGUGCUAGCUGGGGCGACAAUUGCUCGGUUCAUGUCGCAAAUGGCUGCUCGUGGCCAAAGUGCUUAUAGCAAUGCUGCAAAUGUUGUUGAGCAGACUAUUGGCUCAAUAAGAACGGUUGCAUCAUUUACAGGUGAGAAGCAAGCUAUAAGUAGUUACAACAAGUUCCUGGUACAGGCUUAUAAAUCAGGUGUGAGUGAAGGUUUGGGUGGCGGAAUAGGCAUGGGCAUGGUGAUGAUGAUCGUAUUUUGUACUUACUCUUUAGCUGUUUGGUUUGGUGGAAAGAUGAUACUGGAGAAAGGAUAUAACGGGGGUCAAGUGAUAAACGUCAUCGUAGCUGUUUUGGCAGGCUCAAUGUCCCUCGGACAAAUAUCACCUUGCUUGAGUGCAUUUGCUGCUGGUCGAGCCGCUGCCUACAAGAUGUUUGAGACAAUUGAAAGGAAGCCAAACAUUGACGUUUAUGAUCCAAAGGGUAGAACUUUAGAUGAUAUUCGAGGAGACAUAGAUCUGAUGGAUGUGUAUUUCAAUUAUCCGACCAGGCCUGAUGAACCCAUAUUCCGUGGCUUCUCUCUUCACAUCCCCAGUGGCACUACUGCUGCAUUGGUUGGGGAGAGCGGGAGUGGCAAGUCAACAGUGAUCAGUUUGAUAGAGAGAUUCUAUGAUCCACAAUCUGGCCAGGUGCUCAUCGAUGGCAUUAACUUGAAAGAGUUUCAGCUCAGAUGGAUUCGGGCAAAGAUUGGUCUCGUAAGCCAAGAACCAAUACUCUUCACUGCCACCAUUAGAGAUAAUAUUGCAUAUGGGAAGGAUGAUACAACCAACGAGGACAUUAAAGCUGCAUGUGAACUAGCAAAUGCUUCUAAAUUUAUUGACAAAUUGCCUCAGGGAUUGGAUACUAUGGUGGGGGAGCAUGGAACUCAGCUGUCUGGAGGGCAGAAGCAGAGGAUUGCGAUCGCAAGAGCAAUUUUGAAGAACCCUCGAAUACUACUUCUAGAUGAGGCUACGAGUGCACUUGAUGCUGAAUCUGAGAGGGUUGUGCAAGAGGCUUUGGAUAGGAUUAUGAUCAACAGAACUACUGUGAUUGUUGCCCAUCGUUUGAGCACAGUUAGGAAUGCUGAUAUGAUUGCUGUAAUUCACAGAGGGAAGCUGGUUGAGAAAGGUUCGCACUCGAAACUCAUUAUGGAUCCAGAUGGUGCAUAUUCACAACUCAUACGUCUGCAGGAAGCAAACAAAGACUCAGAACGUGUCUCCGAAGAUCGAACAGAGUUUUCUAUGGAAUCAAUGAGACAAUCAAGCCAGAGGGUGGGCUACUUGAGAUCCAUGAGUAGAGGAUCAUCGGUUGGACGCAGCAGUCGACGCUCUUUAUCUGUGUUUGGUUUAACCACUGGACUCGACUUCCUAGAUGCCGGUGACGCAGAAGCCGAAGACGUGACUGAAGAGGCAUCAAAAUCUCCUCCUGUUUCUCUUAGCCGCCUUGCAGCACUUAACAAGCCAGAGAUUCCUAUGCUUCUCAUCGGAACUAUUGGUGCAGUGGUGUGUGGGGUGAUACUUCCCAUUUUUGGAUUACUAAUUUCUACUGUGAUUAAGACAUUUUACCAACCCCCUGACCAACUCAAGAAGGAUACCAAGUUUUGGGCUCUCAUUUACAUAGCGCUUGGCGUGGCCUCGCUCGUGGCACAUCCAUGGCGAGCAUACUUCUUUUCGAUAGCGGGAUGUAGAUUAAUCGAACGCAUCAGAUCACUUUGUUUUGAGAAGGUGGUUCAUAUGGAGAUGAGUUGGUUUGAUGAGGGUGAUCACUCUAGUGGUGCAAUUGGUGCGAGACUAUCGGCAGAUGCAGCAUCCGUGAGAGCCUUAGUCGGGGAUUCGCUCUCUCAGAAUGUGGGCAACAUUGCAUCUGCAGUUGCAGGUUUGGUGAUUGCUUUCGUUGCCAGUUGGGAACUGGCUCUCAUCGUCCUCGCUCUCAUUCCUCUCAUCGGGAUUAAUUCGCUUAUACAGAUCAAAUUCAUGAAGGGAUUUAGCGGCGAUGCCAAAAGUAUGUACGAGGAAGCAAGCCAAGUUGCAAAUGAUGCAGUGGGGGGCAUAAGAACAGUUGCUUCUUUCUGUGCCGAAGACAAAGUAAUGCAAAUGUAUAAAGGUAAAUGUGAAGCUCCACUGAAAGCAGGGAUAAGACAAGGACUCAUCAGUGGAGUUGGAUUUGGUGCGUCUUUCUUCAUACUGUUCAAUGUGUACGCCAUCACAUUCUACGUGGGAGCUCGUUUGGUGGAUAGCGGUAGAACGACGUUUGCCGAAGUGUUUCGAGUGUUCUUUGCCCUGACGAUGGCUGCUACUGGAAUUUCUCACUCCAGCUCCAUGACUCAAGAUACUACCAAAGCCAAGGCUGCUGCUGCAUCCGUAUUUGCAAUAAUAGACAGGGAAUCAAAGAUAGAUCCCAGCGACGAAUCUGGAACGGUAUUAGGCGAUGUGAAAGGAGAAAUAGAGCUUAAACAUAUAAGCUUCAAGUAUCCUUCUAGGCCGAACAUCGAAAUAUUCAGAGACCUCAGCCUGCACAUUCGUCCUGGCAAGACAAUAGCUUUGGUAGGAGAAAGUGGGAGUGGGAAAUCCACAGUGAUCGCUCUGUUGCAAAGAUUUUACAAUCCUGAUUCGGGCACCAUAACAAUCGACGGAGUAGAAAUCCAAAAGUUACAACUGAAAUGGUUGAGGCAGCAAAUGGGACUGGUGAGCCAAGAACCGGUGCUUUUCAACGAGACCAUAAGAACCAACAUAGCGUACGGAAAGGCGAGCGCGAGCGAGGGGGAAAUAAUAGGAGCGGCGGAGUCGGCAAAUGCGCACAGGUUCAUAAGUGGAUUACAAAAGGGAUACGAGACGAAGGUGGGGGAGAGGGGAGUGCAGUUAUCGGGGGGGCAAAAGCAACGAGUGGCGAUCGCACGAGCCAUCAUAAAGAACCCAAAGAUCCUGUUACUGGAUGAAGCCACAAGCGCACUGGAUGCAGAGUCGGAGCGAGUGGUCCAGGAUGCGCUUGACAGAGUGAUGGUGAAUAGAACCACGGUGGUGGUGGCUCACCGCCUGUCUACGAUCAUGAACGCCGACUUGAUCGCGGUGGUUAAGAACGGAACCAUUGUGGAGAAAGGUAGGCAUGAAAGGCUUAUCACCAUCAAAGAUGGGUUUUAUGCCUCUUUAGUUCAACUCCACACUUCCACUGCCACGCCUCACAGCUACUCCUCAUCCUCCUCCAGGCUUCCCUAAGUUUCUAUACUUCUCUCUUUCUUCACAUUUUAUAAAGAAAAUACUUUAUUUUAAGUUUAAAACUUGAGUUGUAUAUGUUGAAAUGUGACACAAGUGGAUGACCACUGCUUUAUAAAUUAUGUCGAUGAUUUUGAUUUUGUCUA